UCCUUCCCUUGCCGUUGACUGACCCCCGAUCCGUCCAAAAUCAUGUCAUCCCACUGUUUUUUUUCUUGUUUUCUCUUGCACUCCUGCAGAUAAAUAGGUCAUGAACAAUACCCACAUGACCCAGUAUUCACUAGUGCAUCAUUCAAAUGGUGAUUGAGUCGGACAUGGGUACUAGCGACCCUCACUCUCGCUCUUACACUAGUCACACUAAUUGUAAUAGCCCACACUGUUCUUCCCUAGGUUGGGAUCUCCAUAACCUUGGAGUUCUCAACGCAGACAUGUCUUUAGUAAUGUGGAGUGCAGUCAUGGGCAGCACCCCGCCCUACUUCUCGGACUUGGACUCAGAUCACAACCUCUCCACGGGCUACCUUGAGGACGCCUUGCUCGAGUUUGGCGACCGGUCGAAGCGGCGCCGGCUCUCGUUCUGCGGCAAAGACCAGACCAAAGAAUUCAACGACCGUGCACUGGUGAGAAACGGCUACUGGAAUUCGACUUGCAGAUGGGGUGUCGACGAGAAUUACAAUGGCAUGAGUGAAAUAACCAGUUUCACCGGAUUCUCAGAUGAAAUGGGGAGUUCAAGGAGCAGGACAAGCGAGGACACUAGCUUUUUUCCUGAAGUUAAGAUGCAAGAGGACGUCGUGUCGUCGCUGGAUUCCUCCUCGCCGUUCAAAGAGUCGUCGUCACGCACCAAGUCCGGCACUGACAAAGAAGGCCAAUUCGCUCUCGAUGCCAUGCCUUUGUCUGGAUACGGCGGUGAGAAGCGGAGGAGGCAGGAGAGGGUGGUGGUGACGAGGGUGGUGUACCCAUUUGCGGUGGUGAAGCCCGGCGGUGCCGACGGGGACGUGACGUUGAACGACAUCAAUGAGAGGCUGCUCAUGCCGCCAACCAGGCCGGUCCGGCAUCCGGUCGGGGACUUCGCCUGUCGACCCUGCGUGUCCCCUCAUGGUCCUGGCCUCUCCGGAAAAGCUGUCGUCGCUCUCACCCGACUCCACACUCAAGGACGAGGCACCAUCACCAUCAUUCGCACCAGAGGCUAAAUUGAUCAAUUAAAAAGAAAGCAAUAUUAGUUGUCGCUACCCAAAAACAAAAGUUGGGCGAAUAUUUCCAUCAUAUUAUCAAUUCUGCUUUUGAAAAAAGGAUUCAUUUACAAAAUUAAUUUACAAAGUGACGUGCCAAUUUCUUGUCGAGUGCUUGGUUCGACCUAUUGCUAGUUAGUUACGUCACUUUGUAAAUCGAUAAUUUGUGAAUUAGUCUUUAUAUAUCUAGCAUCGAUCUUUCUCACGCCAAUCGGCAAUUGGCCGGGCGGGAGAGAGAGGCAAACGGGAGUAUCUAAAUCAUUUCGGUUUGGCUUGAGUUGUGCUUGUACGGCUUGAUGUAUAUACGACGUAAUGGCGAUGUAAUUUUUGUUUGCGAUUGUACAGUUUAUUUCAUGCGUGGCUUUUAGUAUAAUUAAGCUCAGCAUUAGCUAGAAUGCCAGAAAGGUUAUGUUUAUCUUAUUUGUCUCCCA